UAUCUUCUCUGCUCUGGCAAGAGAGUAAAGGACGUAGGGCUCGCAGAGCAAGAGAGAGAGAGAGAGAGUGGGUGAGAGAGAGAGCAAGAGGCGGAGUAGGAAGGUUGAAGUCAAAAGACAAUUGGAUUGACUGUUCUCAGACUUGCGUUGCAACCAUGGGGCUGGGAAGAGGGAAAAAUGAGUACGAGCUGGCGCCGACGACCGAUGGCGACAGCAAGAAAAGCAAGAAGGCCAGGGAGAAAAAGAACAUGGACGAUCUGAAGAAAGAAGUGGAUCUGGAUGAUCACAAGCUCACCUUGGAUGAACUUCACAGGAAGUACGGAACCGACCUCACUAGGGGUCUGACCGCCACCAGAGCAAAGGAGGUGCUGGCCCGUGAUGGCCCGAAUGCUCUCACCCCUCCGCCCACUACACCUGAGUGGGUCAAGUUCUGCAGACAGCUUUUUGGCGGUUUCUCCAUGCUUCUCUGGAUUGGCGCCGUCCUCUGCUUCAUCGCAUACGGGAUCCAGGCUUCCUAUGAAGACGAACCCGCUAAUGAUAAUUUGUACCUUGGCGUUGUGCUCUCUGCUGUUGUCAUCAUCACUGGCUGCUUCUCCUAUUACCAAGAGGCCAAGAGCUCCAAAAUCAUGGAGUCGUUCAAAAACCUGGUCCCACAGCAAGCUUUGGUUAUUCGUGACGGAGAGAAGAACAGCAUUAACGCUGAGGACGUGGUGGCUGGAGACCUGGUGGAGGUGAAAGGUGGUGACAGGAUCCCUGCUGAUCUGCGAGUCAUCUCCGCCCAUGGGUGCAAGGUGGACAACUCCUCUUUGACGGGUGAAUCCGAGCCACAGACCCGUACUCCAGAUUUCUCCAAUGACAACCCACUGGAGACCAGGAACAUUGCUUUCUUCUCUACCAACUGUGUUGAAGGCACAGCCAGAGGAAUCGUCAUCAACACCGGAGACCGCACUGUCAUGGGUCGCAUCGCCACACUGGCUUCCAGCUUGGAAGGCGGAAAAACUCCCAUUGCCGUUGAGAUUGAGCACUUUAUCCACAUCAUCACUGGUGUGGCUGUAUUCCUCGGUGUGUCUUUCUUCAUUCUCUCCCUUAUACUUGGGUAUGGGUGGCUUGAGGCAGUCAUCUUCCUUAUUGGAAUCAUUGUUGCCAACGUUCCAGAGGGUCUACUGGCAACCGUCACUGUGUGUCUGACUCUGACUGCCAAGCGUAUGGCCAAGAAGAACUGUUUAGUAAAGAACCUGGAAGCCGUUGAGACGCUGGGGUCCACAUCCACCAUCUGUUCAGAUAAGACCGGCACCUUGACCCAAAAUAGGAUGACAGUGGCGCACAUGUGGUUCGACAACCAGAUUCACGAGGCUGACACCACUGAGAACCAGAGCGGCACAUCCUUUGACAGGAGCUCUGAUACCUGGUCUGCCCUAUCCAGAAUUGCUGGACUCUGUAACCGAGCUGUCUUCCUGGCCGAGCAAGGCAACGUUCCAAUUCUGAAGAGGGACGUAGCCGGUGAUGCUUCUGAGGCUGCCCUGCUCAAAUGUAUUGAGUUGUGCUGUGGAUCUGUCAAGGGCAUACGAGAAAAAUAUUCCAAGCUUGCUGAAAUACCCUUCAACUCUACUAACAAGUACCAGCUUUCCGUCCAUAAAAACGCAACCCCAGGAGAGACCAAGCAUCUGCUGGUCAUGAAAGGUGCUCCUGAGAGGAUUUUGGACCGCUGCUCCACCAUCAUGUUGCAGGGAAAAGAACAGCCGCUGGAUGAGGAACUGAAAGAUGCUUUUCAAAACGCCUAUGUUGAGCUUGGAGGACUUGGAGAGAGAGUUCUGGGUUUCUGCCAUUUCAACCUGCCCGAUGACCAGUUCCCAGAGGGCUUUGCAUUCGACACCGAAGAGGUGAACUUUCCCACUGAGAAGUUGUGCUUCGUCGGCCUCAUGUCCAUGAUUGAUCCUCCUCGUGCGGCCGUGCCAGAUGCUGUUGGCAAAUGCAGAAGCGCUGGAAUCAAGGUUAUUAUGGUAACUGGUGACCACCCAAUCACAGCCAAGGCAAUCGCCAAGGGUGUAGGCAUCAUCUCGGAGGGCAACGAGACAGUUGAAGACAUUGCGGCUCGCCUGAACGUUCCAGUGUCAGAGGUCAAUCCUAGGGACGCAAAGGCCUGUGUGGUCCACGGUGGCGAGCUGAAGGAGAUGUCCACCGAGCUUCUUGACGAUAUUCUGAAGUACCACACUGAAAUUGUCUUCGCCAGAACCUCGCCGCAGCAGAAACUAAUCAUUGUGGAGGGCUGCCAGCGACAGGGAGCCAUUGUUGCUGUGACUGGUGAUGGCGUCAACGACUCUCCAGCUCUGAAGAAGGCUGACAUUGGUGUCGCCAUGGGGAUCGCUGGAUCUGAUGUCUCCAAGCAAGCGGCGGACAUGAUUCUGCUGGAUGACAACUUUGCUUCCAUUGUUACAGGAGUGGAAGAAGGCCGUCUGAUCUUUGACAACUUGAAGAAGUCCAUCGCUUACACUCUGACCAGUAACAUCCCGGAGAUUUCACCCUUCCUCCUCUUCAUCAUCGCCAACAUCCCCCUGCCUCUGGGAACCGUCACCAUCCUCUGUAUCGACCUGGGAACUGACAUGGUGGGUUGA